AUGGCGUGGGGCCAGUGCAAUUGUUGUGAUCUGGAAAAAACCACUGUGGAGUUUGCUGAUGCUUUACGUAGUACAGAUGCAGAAACCACAAGCGAUCCAACAUUUCCGGUGCUUUAUCCUUUCUACACGAUGACUGUGGAAACUCUGAUGGAGAUGCAAGCGCCACGCGGUCAUGAAGACUUGCUGAUGGAUGGAAGCCUCGUGAUUUACGAGAAGAGUCUGGGACACGCGAUGUUCGUAUCCCACGAGUGGUGCGGUAGAAGACACCCAGAUCCGGAAGGUGCUCAACUUCGUGUUUUGCAAGAGGCGCUUGCUCACAUGCUGCAUGGAUCAGAGAAGAUUCCAGCUGAUAUCACUUGCGAGCUUUUGUUCGGCAAUCAAGCUGGUAUGGUGACAAGUGAGCUGAAGGCCAGCCCACUCUACGUCUGGUUUGACUACUUUUGCGUUCCGCAAUUGGUGAUGUCACUGGAAGGGCUUUGCAACUACGACCAGCAAAACGCCAUUGAGAGCAUCCCAGCAUAUGUGGAGAAGUCCCGCUUUUUUGUGAUCCUUUGCCCUUACGUGCGUCAAGACGACUCAAAUAUUCUUCUCAGCAAACGGACUUGGUCCACCAGGGCAUGGUGUCGUCUUGAGCGCCUUGCAAGUCAAUUGCAUGCAGGGGAGAGCAACUACAUGAUCGAAGUGCGCAGCGCUAGGCACCAUUCUCUUGUGAUGCCAUACGAGUAUUGUCGAGAUCCUGUUGGUGAAGGUGACUUUACUGUGGCUGAAGAUCGCGAAAAGGCCUCGAUUGUCAUGAAGGACAUGUUCGACAAGAGGUUGCGGUUCUUUUUGCGGCAGCAGGAUUUUCACAGCUUUCGGAUUCUGCUGAACAUGCAAUAUUGCCAGUUUAGAGGUUUACCGUUGGAACCCUCGGAGAGUAUGAUCCCGGGCUUCCACAGCAAUGCUGAAGAUCCUUCGACCAUGGCCUUCCUGAAAUUUAUGCAUCAGAAUGCCUUGACGAAAGCAAUUGAUCGUGAUGAAGAGGGGUGGAGCCCCAUGUGCUACGCAGCUUUGCGUGGAGAUCCGCUCGUCAUGAAAGGAUUGCUUGCUAGGGGUGCGGACCCCAACGAUCGCGUCACGAAGGCCACUCCAAAGAUCUACAUCGUGCAAAGCACAACGAUUCUGGUGAUAUGUGUUUUUCUCCGCCACCACGAUGCAUUGAAACUCCUCCUUGCGAAUGGCGCCGAUGUCCAUGCAACGGAUGAUAUGGGCUCCACUGCCUUGCAUUAUGCCUGUGUGAACCACAACUUUGAGGCCUUCCAAAUCCUCACUGCAGCUGGUGGCCAAGUCACUACCAUGAAUCAGUUGGGGCAUUCCCCGAGGCUUCUCGCUGGUGGCGCUGGGAGCGGCAAGGGGAGCGUGGAACUCGUCCGCCACCUCCUCAGCAACGCACCCAAGGAGGACGCGAGCAUGGCGCUGCACUUAAGUAUACUUUUUGGUGGCGCUUCGGCUGAUGUGGUCACAGCCUUGGUCCAUGCUGGGGCAGACAUCGAUCAACCACUGGCGUUUCCAACCUUCAGUGUGCUUGGCUUGCUCUUCGGAUUUUUGGCAUUGAGGAACCGUUGGAACAGAACACCGGUGAGCUUCUAUGCUGCCCAACACGUUCAUGCCACACCAUUGAUGUGUUGCAUCAUGUGCGGUUCCUUCGAAGCGGCUGCCACACUCUUGGCAUUGGGUGCGCGCUUGGACGUGCAGAAUCAGAAUGGCCUCACUGCUAAGGACUUGGUCGCCGAGCUCGGGGCCCCCGACUUCGUGCUUUCGGCUGUGCAUGGGGAUCGCGAAGCGUGCGAGGUGUGGGUUCUUCUCUUUUGGGUCGUGGCCUUCGGAAAUAGGGCGAUGUGGCUGAAAUAUGGAGAGAGCCCCGUACUGGUUCUAGUCAUGUUCGGCGAUGUGGCUUAG